AUGCCCCGUGAUAUCCUCAUCAAACGCCACAAGCCCAGGAGAGUCCAGAUCCACGUCGACAGGCAGCCCAGAAUGUCGGAAGCCGACCACUUCCUCGAACUCGAGCGCUUCAUCAGCGAGGUCGAGCAUAGGAUCGACACCAAUCAGAUUGGCAGCGUCCCGAGCAGCAAUUCCAGUUACGCCACCACUUCCAGCAGCAGCAGCGAGGGCAGCUAUGCCCAGUCCUGCAGUCCCCCCUCCGACGUCUCUCCAUCCAGCAGACGCCGUAAGGUCUCUUUCAAAACAAAGUUCACCGAACACCUGAACCUCUCCGACGACGAUUUCGACGCCGCUCUCUUCGAAGCCGCCUUUAACGACGUUUUUCCGCCUGAGAAACGCAAAUUUACGAUCAAGCUUCGCGUCAACGGGGAGCCGCCGUCGAAGCCAAAGAAGCUGUGUGUGGUUGGCGAGGUUCCGGAAGGAUGUGAGGACAUUGUUGAGAAGCUGCGUGAGGAUCCGGAGAAUACGUAUCUUCUGUCACAGCUACGGAAGCGUGGAUAUAAGGCUAUUGCAGAUCCACUGAAGCCAGUGAGACAUAGGUGUUGGUGUCCAACAUGUGGUGGGGGUUGGAAUAAGGGGGCUGGAUGUUGUGCUGUUACGGUUGUUGCUAGGUUUGGGGAUGGGGGGGAUAAUAGUCACAGGUGGACUUAG